GUGAUAGUGAAAAAUUGCCCAAAGAAUUUAUAAAUUUGCAAAUAAAUUCAAAUAAAAUAAUUAAACAACAAAUGAAAAGGAAAAAUAUUGAUAGUGAUGAUGAUGAAAAAGAAGUGAUUCAACAAAAAACGAAAAGACAAAAUAUUAAUGAUAUUGAUGAUGAUGAUGAAAUGUAUAAUAAUCCAAACCUUCAUUCAGAAGAACAAGAUGAACUGGAAAUUCCC